AUGGACCCUUCAGUUACACCCUCUGUGCCCAAAACUCCCCAGCUUGAACCUGUGUUUCUUGUUAACUUGAAGUUGGACCCGGCUCCUUCUUCUGUGUUCACCGAUAAGACCAAGGAUAAGUCCUUGACGUUGGCUAGAGUGGCUGAUGGUUACAUUGAAACUGUCAAGAACAAGUAUGGCUUUGAGCUCGAGGUGAAGGGCGUUACUGGGUUUGACGAUAUCACUACGAACAUUGCUGAUGGUUAUAACAAGUUGGAUUGCAAGUUGUACGGUAAAACGCCUGAAGGCGCUGGAGUCUACAUUACCUACGACGGUAUUGUUCAAUUGACAGAGCCAACGUUGGCUGUGCUUUCUGGAAAGACAGACACUUCGGCUUUUGAGGAGGCUUACGUGACCAACAACCCUAGAGUCCAUUUUGAUGGCGAUGUGCCUGACAAGUAUAAGUGGGCAGUCAAGGAGAACUUGGUUGGCAAGGGCCGUUUCGUCAAGGACGGCUCGGGCGUGUUAUACGUGCAAUACUAUGUGUAUGUUUUCCGUUAA